AUGGGUAGUCUGAAGCGCAUUUCAAAGGAGCUGGCUGAGCUCACAGAGUCGCCCCCGGAAGGUAUCACUGUUGAGCUGGCCGAUGAGUCCAACCUUUAUGAGUGGAAGGUGUACAUGGAAGGUCCUGAAGGUUCCCCUUAUGAGAAAGGUCGAUUCCUAGUCAAACUUUCCCUGCCAACCGGGUACCCCUUCAAGCCUCCUACGGUCUCGUUCGCAACAAAGAUCUACCACCCCAACGUGACAAAUGAUGAAAAGGGGAGCAUGUGUCUUGGUAUGCUGAGAGCGGAUGAAUGGAAGCCCAGCUCAAAGAUCAGUGCUGUGCUGCAGUUUGCUCGUCAACUGCUCGCCGAGCCCAUGCCCGAUGAUGCGGUCGAGGGUCGGAUUGCUGAGCAAUACAAGAACGACAAGAAGCGAUAUGAGGAGAUUGCGCGCGAGUGGACUCACAAGCAUGCAAAUGCUGAUGCUAAAGCUUAA